CUAAUAUGCUUAAUUUUAAUAUAUUAUUUCGUUUUAUUUUUACUUCUUUGGUUUGGGAAAAAUGCAGGUGCCUAUGCUCUCUCUCUCGCUACCUGCCAUGGCAGAUUCACAGGAAGAAGAACCAGAUGCCCUUUUAAACCCUAAAUCACGAGUGUCUCCCCUUUCCGACGCUUGCUUCUCUUCGAUCUUAAUUUUCAGGUCAUGCGAGUUCUUCUCUCUAGUCUCUGAUUGACUAGAGAUUGGGAAAUGGGGGAUACAGUGGAUGUCAUUUUAGAUUACUUGAGACGGCAUCGUUUUACCAGAGCUGAGGCAGCUCUUCGUGGAGAGCUUAGUAACCGUCAGGACUCAAAUGGAUCCCAUCACCAUCCUCCUGUCGAAGAUCCAAUAGAUAUUAUUGGGAAUGAAAAGGAAUACGGAAAAAUAAAUAUUUCAACAGAACCCAGCAAUUAUAAUAUAGCCCAAUUGCCCAAAGUUGAGGCACCACGUUCAGAUGCAAAGCCCCCAAAACCCCAAAUCACAGGCACUUGGAGUGGAGAGACUUCUGGAGAACUUAUUGUGAAGGAGGUUGAGUAUGGGAGUGUUCGAAAUGCGUCAGAAACCAAUCGUAAAUCUACUUCCAUUGCAGAAGAAGUACACUCUAGUUCUGAAAAAUUGAAAGCCCAAGAGCUGGUCGGGACAAGCGAAAGCAAGUUCACUUUUAAGCAAGGUUCAGAGAACACUCAAAACCCGACUUUAGCAAGCCCCUCUGAGGACCUGUAUCCUUGGAACUUCAAUGGUGGGCCUGUUGGCAGAGAUAGUUUUCUGCACGAUCCUGAUAGGGAUAGUUUAUUAGAGCUUCAAGCAUCUGGGCUAUCUAAGUAUCUGCCUGCUCGGGCCUCAUCUAGGAAGAAACCAGCAAAAGAUACCAAUAAUUUGGGAGAAAACCAUAAAUGGGUCCAAAACACGAGGGAGAUCGAUCAGCAGCCAGAAAAUGAACCAAAAAAUAUCGAGUUUGAGCAAGCUUUUAGCCAAAUGAGUGUGUCAGGGAAGAGAUCUUCUUGGUCUGGUGGGCCAAGCUCGAUUGUUGAUCCGAAGUUUGAAGCAAUUUGGACGAUCCAAAAUAAUGAAGUUGAUCGAUCUUUGAAGUCUUCAGUGAAGGUUUCUAGGGAGGUUUCAUCUUCUGAGGGGAGUAAGCUUGUGGGUCCUUACUCCACAGAGUGCUUGCCUGAAUAUUCAUGGCCAAAAGGGGAUAAGCUUUGCCAGUCUUCUUCUUCUGAUGCUUGGAAAGAUUGUUCCAUCAAGACCGUCUUCCCAUUUCCAGUUGGGGAUUCACUCUCCGAUUAUAAAGGUUUUCAUAGUUUAUCUGCAGACCAAGGGGACAGUAGAAUGGAGGGGAAAUGGAAAGUUGAAGAGAGUGAUCUUUCUUCUGAAAGAGAGCUUCAAUUUGAAGGGGUCAACCGAGCUUCCUUAAAGGGGAAAUCUCAAGGAAGCAGUGACCAGAAGAACAUUGUGAGCUUGGAUAUGCCUCUAAACUCAGAGUAUCACCGGGAAGAGCUCCCAAGGCUGCCUCCUGUUAGACUCAAGUCUGAGGAAAAACCUGUUAACAUCCAUUGGGAUGAGAAGGCAGAUCGAAGAGGGUCCGGAAUCAAGCCCUCUGAUGCUGACAGUGCUUUCUUAAUAGGAUCAUUUCUCGAUGUUCCAGUUGGGCAAGAGAUCAACUCCUCAGGUGGAAGGAGAACAGUUGGGAGUAGUUGGCUCUCCGUAAGCCAGGGAAUUGCCGAGGAUACAUCUGAUUUAGUUUCUGGCUUUGCUACCGUUGGGGAUUUGAAUGAGUCAGUUGACUAUCCAAACGAGUACUGGGACUCUGAUGAAUAUGAAGAUGAUGAUGAUGUUGGGUACAUGAGGCAGCCCAUUGAAGAUGAGACUUGGUUUCUGGCUCAUGAGAUUGACUACCCUAGUGAUAAUGAGAAGGGAACAGGUCAUGGUAGUGUUCCGGACCAGCAGGAGCGAGGUCGAACUAAGGACGAGGAGGAUGAACAGUCUUUUGCAGAGGAGGACUCCUACUUCUCUGGGGAGCAAUAUUUUCAGUCUAAAAACAUUAAGCAAGUUACUGCUUCAGAGGAUCCUAUAGGAUUGUCAAUGACUGAAAUGUAUGGGAGAUCUGAUGAAAAUGAUUUAAUAGCGCAAUACGAUGGGCAAUUGAUGGAUGAAGAAGAACUAAACUUGAUGAUGCGCACUGAACCUGUUUGGCAGGGAUUUGUUUCUCAGACGAAUGAGCUCAAUAUGAUAGGUAAUGGGGGGGAUCCUAGUGAAUGUGAAAGGCCUCGACAAGAAGACCUGUGCAUCGAUGAUGACCAGCAUGGUUCAGUAACUUCGGUUAGAUCCAUUGGAGUGGGAAUCAACAGUGAUGCAGCUGAUUUUGGCAGUGAAAUGCGAGAAAGUUUGGUUGGGGAAAGUAGUGAAGGAGAUGUGGAAUACUUUCGUGAUCAUGAUGUCAGUAUAUGUGGGUCUAAACAUGCCCAGCAUGAAAACCUUAGGAGUUCUAGUGAUAGAUUAAACCGGGAAAAAACAAAGACAUCUAGAGGGGAUUCUAAUAAAUUUGUUGUUGUUGAAAAUGAUGUUAGUGGAUUUGGGGCCACUUACAAUGAUGGCUUUUCGUUCCCAUCUCCGUUAAGACCUGAAGAUGUGCUUAAGGGGGAGUCUGGAAAUUCCUUUUGGUCAAGCAAAGUGAACAAUGCUAAUGCUGCUGUUCCAGAUGAUUAUGAGAACCAUUUGAUUGGUCCCAAUGACGUGCUUUCUUCCUGGAAACGAAAGAGUAAUGAGUCCUCGCCCAUCAAGAGCUCUAGAGAUGAAAACAUAGCUAGUGCGAGAAGAUCAAGUACUUCAACGGCAUCAAUGCGAUCGAACUCUGCCUAUGCUGAAAGAGAACUCACAAAGGAUGGUCGACAAGAGAAAGUAAGUGAUCAUACAGAAGAAGAGGCUGGGGCAAUUGUGGAUGAUGAGGAAGCUGCGGCAGUACAAGAGCAAGUGAGACAGAUACGAGCUCAAGAGGAGGAAUUCGAAACAUUUAAUCUCAAGAUUGUUCAUAGGAAGAACAGAACGGGCUUUGAGGAGGAUAAAAAUUUUCAUGUUGUUCUGAACUCUGUUAUUGCUGGGCGCUAUCAUGUUACUGAGUAUUUGGGAUCAGCUGCAUUCAGCAAAGCCAUUCAAGCACAUGACCUGCACACAGGCAUGGAUGUGUGUGUGAAGAUCAUUAAAAACAACAAAGAUUUCUUUGAUCAAAGUCUUGACGAGAUAAAGCUUCUUAAGUUUGUAAACAAGAAUGAUCCUGCCGACAAGUAUCACAUUCUACGGUUGUAUGAUUAUUUUUACUAUCGUGAACAUUUGUUGAUUGUAUGUGAACUUCUGAAGGCAAAUUUGUAUGAAUUUCACAAAUUCAAUAGAGAAUCCGGGGGAGAGGUUUACUUUACCAUGCCAAGGUUACAGUCAAUUACCAUUCAGUGCUUGGAAGCUCUGCAAUUCUUGCAUGGUCUUGGCCUUAUCCACUGCGACUUGAAGCCAGAGAACAUUUUGGUUAAGAGUUAUAGUAGAUGUGAAGUGAAGGUCAUUGACCUUGGGAGCAGUUGCUUUGAGACAGAUCAUUUGUGCUCAUAUGUGCAGUCCCGAUCUUAUCGUGCACCAGAGGUUAUUUUGGGCCUUCCAUAUGACAAGAAAAUAGACAUUUGGUCACUUGGGUGCAUCCUGGCAGAGCUUUGCUCGGGAAAUGUUCUCUUCCAGAAUGAUUCCCCUGCUACGUUACUAGCUCGUGUGAUCGGUAUCAUUGGCCCCAUUGAACCAACAAUGCUGGCAAAGGGACGGGAUACAUACAAAUAUUUCACAAAAAAUCAUAUGCUUUAUGAGCGCAAUCAGGACACAAACAGGUUGGAAUACUUGAUACCAAAAAAGACUUCCUUGCGCCACCGAUUACCAAUGGGAGAUCAGGGUUUCAUCGAUUUUGUAGCCCAUCUGCUUGAAGUAAAUCCCAAGAAGAGGCCGUCAGCUUUGGAAGCCUUAAAACACCCAUGGCUUUCUUACCCAUAUGAACCCAUUUCCUCUUGAUUUUUGGCUCAUAACUGAAUGGUGAUUCUAAAGGUUCAAGAGCUCUCUGUGUGGUCUAGUGCAGGCUGAAGAAUUUGCUUUUGUAUCAGCAAGAACGAAACCAGAGCUCUUUGGGUUUCAUUUUUCCACCUGGGUUUCACAGCAUUGGGCUGGAAGUGUACAGUGAAAGGUGAACCAGCGCCGGGUCUUGUGUUGAUCAAUCGUAAAGGUGUGAUUCUUAGGAAACAUCAUGUUGUAUCCUUUAACAAUGUAACGUUAGAAUGUAAUUUUGCACACGCCCAAGUGGUUCUCAGAUUCUUGCUUUGAAGAACUUGCAUUGUGUAUAUGAUGUGUUCUAUUAUUUUCUUUUUGAUCUUUAAGCUUUGGCAUCUUUCUUUAAGCUUGGGUUGGAUGCUUGGAUUGAUCUCAGUUGGAUGAGAUCAUUUGUGGGUGAGAUGCUUGCCAUGUCAAUGAUGGUUAGAUUAGGCCUAAUUUUUCGGCAUAUUGGCUGUAGAAUUCUUAUGAUUCUACAUUUUUUUCUCUUGGCUUUUGGAUCAUUUGGUGGCUUCAGGAUUCUGGUUUUUGUAUGAUAAUGGAGUGUGGCAAUAUGUUUUGAAGGA